GCAUGCGUGCGGCGCGUGAUCUCUCUCGCCGCCACCAACUCCACCAAACACUGGAGCUAGUCACCAUGCCCGCCGCCUACGACCGUGCCGCCGAGCUCCGCGCGCUCGACGCCACCCUCUCCGGCGUCCGCGGCCUCGUCGCGUCCGGCGCCACCAACGUCCCGCGCAUCUUCCACGUCCAUGGGGAGGGGGAGUGGGAGGGGGGCUCCCCCGACCAGCAGGUCUCUUCCUCCGGUGACCAAGAACCAUCCGCUGCGGCGGCGACCGUCCCGGUGAUCGACAUCGGGGGAGCCGACCGCGCGGCCGUGGCGGAGGCCGUCCGGCGGGCGGCGGAGGAGUGGGGGUUCUUCCAGGUGACGGGGCACGGGGUGCCCCCGGCCGCGAUGGCCGCGGCGGUGGGCGCGGCGCGCGCGUUCCACGAGGCCGACGGCGGCGAGGGCAGCGACAAGGCGAGGAUCUACUCGCGGGAGCCCGGCCGGGCGAUCAAGUACCACUGCAACUUCGACCUGUACCAGUCGCCGGUGGCCAACUGGCGCGACACGCUCUACCUCCGCGUCGCCCCCGACCCGCCGGCGCCGGCCGACAUGCCGGAGAUCUGCCGGGAUGAACUAUUUGAAUAUGCCGAACAAGUAAAGAAUUUGGGAAACACAUUGUUUGAGCUGCUUUCCGAGGGCCUUGGGCUUAAACCGAGCUACCUGACAGACAUAGAGUGCAACCAGGGGCAGAUCAUACUAUGCCACUACUACCCUCCUUGCCCUCAGCCUGAGCUUGCCAUUGGCACAAGCCGUCAUUCGGACUCCGGCUUCCUCACCAUACUUCUCCAGGACGACAUUGGGGGCCUCCAGAUCUUCCAUGAGGACCGGUGGGUCGAUGUCACACCAACUCCUGGGGCGUUCAUUGUGAAUGUCGGCGAUCUCUUGCAGUUGAUCACCAAUGACAAAUUCAAAAGUGUGGAGCAUAGAGUGGUGGCGAAGAACGCCGGACCGAGAGUCUCGAUCGCUUGCUUCUUCAGCACUCAUUUUCAUCCGAUUUCCACGAGGAUGUAUGGCCCGAUCAAGGAGCUGUUGUCUGAUGAGAAUCCGCCUUUGUACAGGGAGACACUCGUCAGAGAUUACCUUACGCGUUACUACGCCAUUGGGCUAGAUGGCAAGGCCAAGACGGCUCUUUCUGAUUUCCGAUUGUAAAUUGCAAAACGAUGUCUAUGAUGUGCCUGUGUGAAUUGUAUCAUGUACUUAAUUAGAAGCAGUAAAGAUUGGAGAAAUGUGUAUGACUUCUCCAGAAAGAUGAUUAACCUGGUUAUGCAUGCUGUAAAAGAAUCAAAGACAGUAUAGUUCCAGGCUUCCAAGAUGUGCUCAUGUGCACACAGGCAUACAAGGGACCUCUGUAGGAUGCUAUUGUAUUGUUAUGCCAUGGAAUAAAGAUACUUUCCAAU